CUUGCAAGCAGAUACAGACGAUCAAAUAUAUAUAUAAAGACCGUCGCGUCGUUUGUGUUAUCACCGAGAGCGAUUCUAAAUCGCUAGUUCGUGUCUUUGUUAUACUUUUAGUACUAGUAGCAGCAGAAAAGUAGAGUUAAGUAUUGUGUGGUUUUCAAAAAUGGUGUACAAAGUAUGCAAAGGUGGUGUGAGGUCAGGAAACACCCUCCGAGGUCUUCGCACUCUUCAAUCUAAAAGGUAAGAAACUUAACAUUAGGCUUCUUAGUGGGAUAAAAUAUCCCUGUUCUUUUUUUAAUCAACAUUUCCACUUAUACAUAACAUUUGUUGUUCAAAAAUAUAAAACGAAAUAAUCUAGUCCAGGCAUGAAGUCGAACAAAUCAACCACGAAUAAUAGCAAAAUAUGCCUUCAUUUAUUCACACAUUGACUUUUUAGCUGUUUUAAUGUAUUUUAGUAAAUUAUUGCAUCAAUUACGCGCAUUAUGUUUUAAUUCAGCAAAAGUGGGUGAAAGAAACCGAAAUUUGUUCAGCAUUUUAGUCUAUCAUUAUUUAGUUUGUUUGCUGAUGACCUUUUGAUAACUUGAACCUUCAGCUCGUUGUUUAAAAGUAAAGAAUGUCUAUAACAAAAGAAAGAAUAGUUAUAAACAUGCAGCACUAACAAUCACGAUGUAAUUUAACUUCAGUAUUCAUCACUGUAUUUGAUUUGUAGAGGACUUAAGCAAGAAUCGUCUCCUGAUUCAAAGUCUUGAUUCGUUGGACCUAGUAUCGUAAAAUAAAAGCAUUUCCCGAUUUUCUCCUCAGGUAUGCCCGUCAAGGCUGUGUGAUUGGGCGGUCAAGUCUAGGAAAAAAUGACGUCAAUAAACUUCUAGAACACAGCACGGAUGACAACAUGAUCCAAGAGGCGCUGGGUUCAACGAAUGUCAUUCUGUCGCUGAACAAAAAACAAAGAUGGCGUAUCCCGGCCACCGUAGGUCACAUGAUCAAAACCGGAUGUUUCGAUCACAAAGAAGCCCAGGUGUCCCUCCUCGAGCGACACAAGCUGAAGAGACGGGCCAACUGCGUCAGUUUUGUCUCCAACAGGGGUAGGUACGCCCAGGUGGUCCCCAAACAGAAGAGGUAUUUCAGUUUUAACCUAAACAGGUUGGGAGAGGAACAAUCAAAGAGAUUCCUUAGGCGGGAGAGAGUUGAGGCAUUGAAGAAAGCGAUGGCGACAGUCACCGUAGAUAAGAAGGUGAAGCAGGUUGCCGCAAAGACGGUCAAUGUUUUCACUAUCGAUGGUGUGGAAAACGGCAUCGUGCACAGCUCCAAGCCAGAGUACAGACUAGAAGUCUUUUACCCGUGUCCUCAAAGUUGUUCGCUGACCUUUAACCCCAAAUACACAGACGUUGUCAUGGAGAUGAAUGAAGAGGGAAAGAUGGAAAUAAGAUCGAAUACAAAUAAAUCAAAGAAGAAAAGAAAGCACCGAAAACGGCUAACUAACAAAGAUGUGCAAGAGUUCCAAGAUGAUUUAGCAGAGGAUGAAGAUGGAGACUUUUGGUACGCUGCAGACGAGCCAGACUUGGCGGUGACGGAGCAGGUCGGUGCUCAAGAUCAUGAGAGUGGGUCUGAAUUUCAAUGGGUGGAGCCACCCGGUAUAGAUUCAGCAAAUGGCGGUCGUUCUGAAGACAUUCUGUCGUUUUUGGUAGCCGAAGCUUUAAAAGCUAAAUCUAUUUUCGGGACGUCCAAGGUAAACCACGAGAGAAAACCCUCUCGACGAAGUACCACAACUCGUGACUUUGAUUCCAAAUCUCACAUCGUGUACACAAACGAGAAAAACCCAAGAGAUGACGUCAAACGAAAACAGGCACCGGCGGCUACUAGAAAAAGUCCAAGUUUUAUUCUAUACAAGUCAAGAACUAUUUUAACAACUGUGGAGACUUCGCCAGAAAAUCUAAAGGAGAAAUUCGGCCAUAGAUACAGUGAGGCCGCGUGUACGCCUAGGCGUUUUGUCAUUAACGUGACUGAAGACGUGGUGGACAUGAUCUCAGCCCCUACCCUCAAUACAAAGACCGACUCCGCUUCAUACCUGGUGUUCUUGUACGACGGGUUUUACGAUGACGGUCUCGACACAUUCAAAGUGACAUUCAACUCUCAAAUUUGCCAUAGCACAAAGCGAAUAUCAGAGGCUAUCCAGUUCCAGCGCUCAUCGAUUGGAGAGAUUUUGAAAACUGUAAUCUCUAUUUUGCUGGACAUGAAACAAGAAAAUCAACUCAAUCUUCCAAGUGUCAAAGUUUCCUAUGAGAAGAAGAGCUCAGGUAUAAAUUUCAUACAAGAGCGCAUGAAGGUGUCCGUUGAGGCAUUGUCUACAUGUGAGCGAAUGCAUAGGUUGAAGCUAGAAGAAAAACUAUGUUCCUCUGAUGAGCAAUACGAGUUACUUACAAACGAUUUAGACCAAGAUUUAUUUUGUGAGAUUUGUUAUGAGGAUGUAAAUGUUUCUCACCACGGGUCUGUUUCUGGACUGGGGCUCAAUCAAUGCGGGCACAACUUUUGCGAUAACUGCAUGCAGAUUCACGUUCGCACUAAAAUAAACAAUGGACACUUAAAGAUGAAGUGUCCCGGGUAUCAGUGUGACUCUGAGAUCGGGCCGGUAACACUGAUGACACUAAUCCACGUGGAAGAAGUCAAUCAAAUCAUCCAACGCGAAAUGGAGGAGGAGCUCGAAGGCUCUCCAAAUGCCAAAUGGUGCCCCAACCCGAAAUGUGGAAGAAUCAUCAAAGUUAUUUCUGAGGAAACCCCCAAAGGAAUGGCCCUCGAUGUGAUGUGCCAGUGUGGGACCACUGUGUGCUUUUCCUGUCUGUCCCCUCCUCACUGGCCAGCCAAAUGUGACCAGGCCGAAAAUUACAUUCAAAGACUUGCAACGUUAGCCCCUCCCACCGAAACGGCUCACGAGGAAACUGAAAAUAAACUGUCCCUGGCUAAACAAGAACAAAAUAGUUUUGUCAUAGUCGAAGGUCGCCUUUGCCCCGGAUGUGAAAAAUUUGUGGAAAAAGAUGGUGGCUGCAACCACAUGGUGUGCAAAUGCGGUUUCACAUUCUGCUGGAAUUGCAUGACAUCCAUGACUGUCCACGACCACGGAUCAUGUCAUGCUGACCCAAAGCGCCUGAUGAGGCUGAGUCGCCGAUUGCUCGUGAGGCAUGUCACUAUUAACAACCGCCUGUUCUCACCCGUGCCGUCUGAAACUGGCAGUAAACCCCGUCAGAAGGCGACAAUGUACCAGAAGGCCAUGAAGCAGAGACUGAAUUCAGGCAGAUUCAAUUCAAAGAGGCACUUUAAGGACCUGGCUGCAAACAUCGAUCGCGUGGCCUUCAAAGAUUUGGCCUUGAAAAGAGAGGUAAAUGUUAAAUCAUUUUUUUUUUAUGUGAACUUUUUACCUUAAAGAUGAUUCAAACUAAUCAUAACUCAUAUUAUUUAAAAAGUUUUUUUGUUGUUGUUUUUUUAAUGUGUCAUAAAUUAUUGAAUUGUUCCUGGCAUAUUCCUACAGAGGUCUUCUAUUUAAUAGUGUUCAAAGGCUUGAUUUAUUUUAUUGUAAAAUGUACUAAAAAUUUAUUAUAUAGUAUCGAUGCUUCUCCAUCAUAUCGAAAUUCGGUUAAGAGAUGUUAGAGCCUACAUGACACCUCGGUAUGCAUCAAAACGGCUUCCCGAGAAAGUUUGCAUGGACGGCUUAAGACUAUUAGGUUGACUUAUUACAUAUAAGCUCAUCCCAACUUUAAUAUUUUAUAAAUGUUAUAAUUUCAUCAAUUUCAGCUACUUUCUCAUUCUGGAGCUGACAAAUCGAUCCUUGACCUCAGUGAUGGAGAUUUACUCACGGUAUCAGUGGCGCCUCACGUGAUCAGACUUCUGCACGACUACCACGAAUUCAAACUGGCCUUGCAUCGGGUCUCAGAGUUCACAUUCGUCCUCAUCCAAGACACGCCGGUCGGCAUAGAGAGGCGAAGGGCUCUCAAACUGGCCAACGACAUUGGCGACUACUGCAGUUUCAUCGAUUCCAUUUUCGAAAUGGGGUCCGUCAAAGAUCCUCGAGCAGCGGUCAAGCGAUUGUUGGACAUCAAAGAAUGGGCCAGACGUGCACUUGACGUUCUACUGGCUACUGUAGAGAAACUUCGCUCAUAAUUAAUCAUUGAAGAUGACUACAUGAAUUUUAGGGACUAGAAUGCUAGUAUUUUAUGUACUUUUAAUUUACUUGAACAUCAUAUUCAAUGUUCCUUCUGAUAAUAAUUUCAAUGAAUUUUGCAUAUAAAAUGAGACAUGAGUCUGAAGUCCAUUAUGUCUAGCGAUAAGCAGAAAAUUUAUAUACGAAAUAAGCUAAUUAUUUCCCACUGGCUGCUGGUCUUCUUCAAGACGACUAGCCGGCCAGGCCAUGGUGUUGCACACGAGGGACAAGCGCUUCCUCUCAUCUUGUGUUUUCCUUUGUGAGCGAAAUCAAAGACCAGCUGACCUGAUUGAUUUUCAUCGUAAAGAUCUCUAAAUGCAACAUUAUCAACCCACAUUAUUUUGUUUGAAAAUUUAUAGUUUUAACUUAUUGCACUCAAAAAUUACAUAUAUUGUCUAAAGUCUUUAUAACAUUAACAUGCCCAAAGAUGUGUUUUGCUGAUAAUUCAUGUUUGUGUGAUUGGAAAAUGCUUUUUUUUUUUAAAAAAUAAAAAUAAACACAAUUUUUUAUACAUAAUAAAUCAUUUAGAUAACAUACCACUUGGUAUAUUAGAAUUAUUAUUUGAUGACCAGAAGGACUUAGUAAUAUGUUGAACUGCUGGGUUUUUAAUUUUUUUUUAUAAUAAACAAAUUGACAUGCCUGAACAGAAGUUCACGUCAUUUAUUGAUCAAGGCUGAUAAGCUGCGAGUGUAGCUAACAAUUGUACAGCAACUUAUCUACAGAUUUUUAUCACCCGACUUAAACUGUCAGCAGAAAUAAAUA